AGAGGAGACCAUUACCAACGAAAAGAAAUAGGUCAAUAAUCUCAGACAUGGGAGACCAGAUGCGCUAUGCCAUCAGUGUCCGGAUUAUUGGAGUGAUGCAUAAAGAGGCAUCUAAAAUCAAGAUGUUUAUGACCUCUGUUCUGUGGUCUGAUGAGAGUGAAGUCAUUGUCUACAGAUCAUUAUUGGAUUUUAAGGAGUUUCAUAGGCAAUUGAAGAAGAGGUUUCCCCUUGAGAAUCCUUUCCGCAAGAGAGACAGAGUGAUUCCCAAAUUCAGAGCCAUAGCUAUGAGGAGAAAGAUCCAGAAGAAGGAUCCUAGUUGGUCAAUGCGUCGGAUGAAUUUACUGGAAAACUACUGUAGCGAGCUGCUCAGGUGUGACCCGGUGGUGAGCUGCAUUUCAGAGGUCACCCAGUUCUUCAUGCCCAAAGACCACGACCUGCAGGCAGACUUCACCAAAAACAGCGUCAUGAUCCUACCAUCGGGGGAUGGGCUGGAGGACAUGAGCGGGCAGCGUCUGAGCCUGGGCAACGUGACACACCCUUUUGUGAGCCAGUCUUACUGCUGUGUGGGGCCCUACAACACCAAGGACACUAAGAACAGGCCCUUUAAAGUGGCCUUGGAUGAGAGGCUGGAUGUGCUCAUCAAAGACCCAGCAGGCUGGUGGCUGGUGGAGAACGAGGACAAACAGUUGGCCUGGUUCCCUGCUCCUUACCUAGAGAUGUGUGAUGCAGAGAAGGAUGGAGAUGAAUUGGAUGGAAUUCCCUUGGGGGGAACUCUCUACUGCGCUGUGAGGAGUUACUCCACUAAGAAGCAUGACGAGGUGCCUGUUCCUAUUGGCUCUGUGGUCGAGGUGCUGAGGAAAUCAGACGAUGGAUGGUGGCUCAUCAGGUAUAAAGGCAGAACGGGCUACUCUCCCUCCAUGUACCUGCAGCCUUACAACAACCCACGUGCUGGCCUCCACAACCUGCAGAGAAAGCUGCACAGCUCCUCUCUCAAUCUGGCAACCCACAUGGACAGCUCUACUCUCAACUUGGCAUCCAGCAGAGACAGCCAAUCUGGCAACUGUUACCCACCCACACUGUAUGAGGAGACAGGGCUGCAGCAGCACACAUCAACCCAGACCAGGGAUGAUCCGUACCGGGUCUCCUGUCUCCAGAAGACCCGCUCUCUGGAGCUCCUGUCUGAGACCCGUCCCGACAUGGCCGUCCCUCCAUCCCAAAGAGAGAGAGAAGACCUUGAGUCAAAUCCGGAUCCAGCAAUCUGCAAGAGCAGCAUCAGCUGGACCAAGUCCUCCAACUCUGACAUCAGCUCGUCAGGCAAGAAUGUCAGGACGUCUUCUUCCAGCUGCAGUGAGGAGGAGCCCCAGAGCCCCCCAAACAGCCCCAGGUCUUCACCCCAGCUAAGGGAGAGCAACAAUGGCUGCAGCAUCCCAGAAAAGAGUAUGUCAUCCAGCCCUAUCUCCAGGUAUGAGACUGGGUCCUGUAAGAUGCCUACCACUGCACCCAGGGUGCCCCCGCGACCCAGGGCCCAGGAGAUCCUGACCCGGUGUACCACCAUGACCCGCAGGGCUGCCUUGGCCUCCAGAGGGAGGCUAUUCUCCCUGCAGGACCCCGUCCAGACCCACUAGAAAGGCUGGGAGCGGUGGCGGGGGAACUGGGAGAUGAGGUUAGGGUUAUGGGGAACCGUGGGUGGUGGAGUGUGGGGUUUUUGGGGUUACACUAUUCUCUCCAGGUUGACUUUACAUGAAGCGCAGUACUUUGAGUAUGGCUUGCAAUACUAGGGUUACAUUAGCAUACAAAUGCCUAUUCUGUAUGUUACGUUAACCAUAAUUCCAUCCAACCAUUUUUAUACGAGUAAAGUACCUGUUGAAUAAAAAAAUCACUACAGGACUGAUGGAAACGGUAUAAUUGUUAGUAAACUUUCUAAAUCUUGACAGAACAAAAUACGUAAAACAGGGGAAUAAGUUUUGGUCUGUGAAAUACACUCCAUGACCAAAAGUAUGUGAACAACUGCUUGUUGAACAUCUCCUUCCAAAAUCAUGGUCAUUAAUAUGGAGUUGGUCCCCCCUCUGUUUCUUUACCAGCCUCCACUCUUCUGGGAAGGCUUUCCACUACAUGUUGUAGCAGUACUUCCAUUCAGCCACAAGAGCAUUAGUGAGGUCGGGCACUGAUGUUGGGCGAUUAGGCCUGGCUCACAGUCGGCGUUCCAAUUCAUCCCAAAGGUGUUAGAUGGGUUUGAGGUCAGGGCUCUGUGCAGGCCAGUCAAGUUCUUCCACACCGAUUCCGACAAACCAUUUCUGUAUGGACCUCGCUUUGUGCACAGGGGUAUUGUCAUGCUGAAACAGUAAAGGGCCUUCCCAAAACUGUUGCCAAACAAUUGGAAGCACAUAAUCGCCUAGAAUGUCAAUGUUAUGCUGUAGUGUUCAGUUUUCCCUUCACUGGAUCUAAAAACAGCCCCAGACCAUUAUUCCUCCUCCACCAAACUUUACAGUUGGCACUAUUGGGGCAGGAAGUGUUCUCCUGACAUCCACCACACCCAGAUUCGUCCAUCGGACUGACAAAUGUUGAAUCGUGACUCAUUAUUCCAGAGAACACAUUACCACUGCUCCAGAGUCCAAUGGAGGCGAGCCUUAAACCACUCCAGCCUAUGCUUGGCAUGCUUGGUGAUCUUAGGCUUGUGUGCGGCUGCUCGGCCAUGGAAAACCAUUUUAGUUAUUGUGCUGACGUUGCUUCCAGAGGCAGUUUGUAACUCAGCAGUGAGUGUUGCAAUCAACUGAGGACAGAUGAUUUUUACGCGCUUCAGCACUUGGCAGUUCCGUGCUGUGAACUUGUGUGGCCUACCACCUCGCGGUUGAACCAUUGUUGCUCCUUGACGUUUACACUUCACAAUAACAUAACUUACAAUUUCUACCAGGGCAGAAAUUUGACAAACUGAUUUGUUGGAAAGGUGGCAUUCUAUGACUUCCAGAUUGAAAGUCACUGAGCUCUUCAGUAAGGCCAUUCUACUGACAGUGUUUGUCUAUGGAGAUUGCAUGGCGGCUUGCUCGAUUUUAUACACCUGUCAGCAACGGGUGUGGCUGAAAUAGCCAAAUCCACUCAUUUGAAGGGGUGUCCACAUACUUUUGUGUAUAUAGCGUAGAUCAUACACCAAAUGCAGUGGAAAUGCUUUAAUGUGCGUUUGUUGAGGAAUAAUCCUCAUGUGGCAGUCAACUUUCAGUCACGUGAUGUCAUGUUGUGUAGUCCUCCCACUACGACUUGGAGAAGCACACAGUUUAUUAGUCUACAGAUUCAAUUAGUAAUGAUGAACCUCACAGGGUGGUGAAAAUGCAUGGUGAUGAUGAGCUUGAAACUACUUAAAAUAUCCUAAUUUUAUGCUGGUGACAUGUUGUUUGGGGCUUGGCUGUCAAUUGACAAAUAAAUAUGAUCUUGCUUUUAUCCAUAAUCAGAUUUAAAGAUGGGAUGGAAACACAUUGUACUUAUCUUUUUAAUUAGUUAACUGAAAAAUUAUAUGACAAAGUGAUUUUUAUGUGCACUACGUAAUUACGCACAGCUUUUCACUUUCAUGAAGCCAGUCUUUCGACAAAUUGAUGGAACUCUAGCUAAUGUUGAACUUUAAAAUGUGUAGACAACUUUCUGAUGUUAUUUAUAAUUUAUAAACUAUUGCUAUUUAAUUAUACUUAUUUAAAUUACCAUGAAAUGCUCACAGGUUAUAAAGGUAGAAAUGAAUCGGCUACUAGUCUUAACCUUUUAAAGCCACACUAAUUUGUUCAUACCCUUAAAGAGUAGGCCCCAAACCAAAAAAACAUCAUUUGACAUGCAAAUAAUACUUAUUUUACUAGUCACUACUACUACUACUCCUAUUACUACACGGUAACAGCUGAAACAAGCACACAAAUGUUCACAAAAAUGUCCCUUUUCUAUUUUGAGAUGAAACAUUAUAUUCUGAUGAUAUUUUCAAUGCACCUUUCCUGUCUGAUUUUAAUAUGAAGGAAUGAGACACGCGGUUGUCUCCGAAAGAUACGGGAUCACACAGAAUUAAAUAUAGUAUGCUUGUAUGAUAUAAUUUGUAUCUACUUUGCUUUAAUAUUGUAUAAUGAUUUUCAUUAUGAUGUUGAAAUUGCGCAUUUGUUUCCAGAGGGGCAUUUUCAAGGGGGUUCAGUUUCAAUGUAUUAUUGAAAUGCAUAGAAAUGCUCUCAUUCUACCCCUUUAGAGUUGACCAAUGACUGGUUUGUUUGUUGUAGCCUACAUAUCAUUCUUCUGUUGGUGUCUGAAGUCACUGUUAUUCCAUACUGGAAUUUUACUGUAAGUAUUUAUCAUUACUGUCUGUAUGCCUUAUAUGCAAUCAACAUUAUCCUAUAAACUUAAUUCAAUAUAUUUGUCUUCUCUUUUUCCAAGUCAUAUUUGUAUUUUUACAGUGGUCAUGUUUCAUAUAUCUUCCACCUAUAUAGUAAUUAUGUAUUGUAUUUUACAGUAUUGUAUUGUACUUAUGUAUUGUAGUGGUCCUGUACGUGGCUCAGUUCAAAAGAGCAUGGCGCUAGCAACACCAGUACGGUAUUACAGUACCAUAUUGCCCCCCACCCAUCAAACAGGCCCCAGCAACUUCAUUUUGGACACAUGUUUACUGUACAGGGGAUGCAUUUCUUUCUUGUUGUGGACUUCCUGGAUAAUUGAAGUAUUGGUAUUGUAUUACUGCGCUAUAGGAGCUUUUUGCUGCACCUGUACGAGACCAAUAAACUUUGAUUUGAUUUGUUA